AUGUCUCGUUCGAUAGGCGGAAUGAGAUCUUUUUCCACAGCAGCCUCCUCCCUCCUGGCAGAUGCCACUGCAGCAUCCCAAUCAAUCCGUCAGCCCUCCUCCUUCCAAGUAUUCCGCGAUGUCCCUCAAUUGCGCCAAUUGCGCCGACAGCUGUUGCAAAAGGACCGGACCGUGGGGUUCGUUCCGACUAUGGGCGCCCUGCAUGAGGGCCACCUUUCUUUGAUCCGAGAGGCCGCCCGCGAGAAUACAGACAUCUUCGUGAGCAUCUAUGUCAAUCCGACCCAAUUUGGCGUGACCGAGGACUUGUCAAGCUACCCCCGCACAUGGGAUAGCGACGUGGCCAAGCUGGAGGAGUUAAACAAGGAGCUGGCUCAAACGGAAGCCACAGCUGGUCCAGAAACUGGCAAGGGGCGCAUCACGGCUAUCUUUGCGCCGACGUCCAAGGUCAUGUACCCGGGCCUGCCUCCCUCGUCCGAGAUUGAGGGACAUGGUUCGUUUGUCACCAUUACCCCUCUCUCAAGCAAGCUGGAAGGUGGUUCGCGGCCGGUCUUCUUCCGAGGUGUGGCAACCGUCUGCAUGAAGCUCUUCAAUGCCACAACCCCGGACCGCGUCUACUUCGGCCAGAAGGAUGUGCAGCAGACCGUGAUCAUCAAGCGGAUGGUGCAGGAUUUCCUUGUUGGCACGGAAGUGCGCAUUGUGGACACAGCUCGUGAGGAGGACGGCCUGGCGAUGAGCUCCCGGAAUGUUUACCUGGGUGCUCGGCGGCGAGCUGUCGGACUCACUGUCUACAGAUCACUGAAGGCCGCUGCCGACGCAUACCAAUCGGGUAAGACAUCCCGCGCAGAUAUCCUGGGGGCCGCACAUGGUGAAGCGCAGCGUGUCAUCUCCGAACAGCAAGUUCUUUCACCCUCGGAACGGUCGCUCUUCCAAGUUGACUAUAUCUCCCUCGCCGACCCGGACACCUUGGAUGAAUUGGAGAUUGUCAAUCCCACAAAGGGUGGUGUCUUGAGCACUGCUUUCAAGAUGGCCCCGUUGGAGGAGACGAAGCCCAACGAGGACUGUGGAUUGGGCGAUGGCCAAGUAGCCGUGCGCUUGAUUGACAACCUCAUUCUGCAACCCCGGGCGUGA